UUUCACAACGACAACAACAGUGUGCCUAUUACAAAGCGAACUAGGGAAAUCGGAUCAAGUCAUAUUGAAGGGUCUGUGAGUGAUACUCGACUAGACGCAUAUGAAAUAGUUGGGGCAGAAGUACACAGCCCGGGCGACUACGUGACCGUGACGUGCUCGGCCAAUUUCAGUGAAGUCACUAGCCACGAGGACAUCAAUGCCAUGAAUCAUUUUGUGGUACAGAGUAGUUCCAGCCGUAUGGACGCACGGGACUUGAUCGAGCCCCGCAUCAGAACCGAAUCGAUUCAAACAAACAAACCAGAGGUAACCGUGUUAUUCGCUAAUCCGUUGACAUCCAAUCCGGACAAAGAAUUCUUCCAAAGCAAUGUGAAUGCGCAGCGGUUUGAGGAGGGUUUCCUGGAGGUGAACUACCAAUUUGACCUUGGAAGUCCGUUGGGGUGGACAGGGAUCUGGACAGUGUAUAAUGGGUCAGUCAAUCACAGCAAGCAGGCGUGCACAGCAAAAGUGAACACUUCACCAGUACGAACAAACAGUACCUGGAACCAGUCGAGUUUCGAGUGCUUCGUGCAACCGGAACACCAGGCAAUUGUUGUAUAUGCAAUGAACUCGGUGGAUCCCAUAACAAACCGGACAGAUCUAGAACAGGCGUUUGCGGACUCCGUAGUACGGGUCGUCAGGUCAUGGUUGAGUGUCGGUUCGACCACGAACCACGAUGAGAGCAAGCCGAAAUUUGACACACGUACUAGUGGAACCUAUCGGUUGGUACGCAUUCGCGUUGGCUGGAAAGCUUCAGUCCAUAUUGGCGAGAAGAUAGUCAUCCUAGGGCGACGCGAUCAAUUCGGUCAGGCCAAGGUUCGCUGUUAUUAUGGAAAGCACUCUGAAGCGCAACCACUAAAUACCGGAUUCUUUGUGGACAUCAACGAGGAUGGGGAAUACUUCCGACUAGAGAAGUCCUCCGCCGAGUUGUCCGAUUCCGGUCUGUACAGCUGUGAACUGGAUCACUGCUCUCAGUGUGCGGACCAUCUGGGCUUUAGAGAACGACGCUUG